AUGGCUGAACAGACGCAAAAGGCCUUCCAGACCCAAGUGGGUAUCUUCCAGAACCCCAAGCUUGGCGGUAAGAAGAAGACCACCGUCAAGAGGUGGUACAAGGAAGUCGGUCUCGGCUUCAAGACCCCUCGUGAAGCCAUCGAAGGCCACUACAUCGACAAGAAGUGCCCCUUCACCUCCGACAAGGUCUCCAUCCGUGGUCGUAUCUUGUCCGGAGUCGUCAUCUCCGUGGGAAAGAUGGAGCGCACCAUCGUUAUUCGUCGUGAAUACCUGCACUACAUCUCCAAGUACAACCGUUACGAGAAGCGUCACAAGAACUUGGCCGCUCACAUGUCGCCCGCCUUCAUCGGUGUCGAAGUUGGUGAUGUCGUGACCGUUGGCCAGUGCAGGCCGUUGUCCAAGACCGUCCGCUUCAACGUUUUGCGUGUGCAGAAGAAGGUCAUCAAGGGUGCCAAGUCUUUCGCCAAGUUCUAA